UAUAUUUAGUCAGCAGCAGCGGCCGGUGCAGGAGCCGGGCACACGGGAUCAACCGGCCAAACGGUGGUAUAGCUACAGCAGAGUCAUCAUCCCUUGAGGCGCGCCCUGCUGCUCGACCUGUGAGCCUGUGAAGCAAGGUCGCCAUGGCGGGAGGCAAGGUUUACUCGUUCGAGGAGGUGAGGAAGCACAGCGAUCGCAAGGAUUGCUGGCUCAUCAUCGCCGGCAAGGUGUACGACGUCACGCCGUUCAUGGAGGAGCACCCGGGCGGCGACGAGGUCCUGCUGGCGUGCGUCGGAAAGGACGCCACCGCCGAUUUCGAGGACAUCGGCCACACCGACUCCGCCAAGGAGCUGAUGCCGCAGUACUGCGUCGGCGAGGUCGACGCGGCUACCAUCCCGGCCAAGCUCACCCACGCCGUCGUCACCAAGGACGCCGCCAGCAGGUCCGAGAAGACCACGACGGCGAGCGCCGGCACCUGGGCCACGCUCCUGCAGCUCGCCCUGCCCGUCCUGCUGCUGGCCCUGGCCUUCGCGCUGCAGAACUAUAGCAGGGCCAAGGCAGCGUAGACAAGAUAGAUAGCUACCGUCGUUGAUUCCGCCUGUGUGAGUGAUACCGUCGUUGAUUCCGCUGUGCCGCGGGCCUGCGGCCUCUUGGAAGCAUCUGAAAGCUGGAGCAGUUGUUGAUGCGAGUGUGACGUACUGUGACAAAGUAUAUCCUAAAGUGCUAAUUAAUUAAGCCGCUCGUGGUAUCGUUACUUUCGUAUAAUAAUGGUUGAAUUUUGUUCCUGGUAAAGUUUGUUAC